GUGGCAUGAGCUCACAGUUAUCCGCCCUUUUUUUUCUUCUUCUUGUCCAAAGAGCUUUCUCACACCUUUUAAAUGCGAGCAAUUUUCGCUUCGUUCUUGAGAGAAACUGUAUCGCCUUUUUUACUUCAGAGAAUUUAGAAGCGGAAUCGGAGAAUUGUUAGAUUAUUUGCUUUCCUGUCCGUAUAUUGUUUGGUUGUAAUCUCAGUCGUUUAGAAUCUCAUUUCCGUCGAUCGGAAAGGAAAACAGAUGCCCACCGACAUGGAAUUGUCGCCUUCGAACGUUGCUCGUCAUCGCUUGGCCGUUCUGGCGGCGCAUCUGAGCGCUGCGUCCUUGGAACCACCGGUGAUGGCUUCGUCCCUCGAGGCUCAUUGCGUGUCAGCUCAGACCAUGGUUGCGCCACCUGAAUUGGUGAAGGGUACGUUGACGAUUGUAGAUGAGAGAACUGGAAAGAGGUAUCAGGUCCAGGUAUCUGAAGAAGGCACGAUUAAGGCCACCGAUUUGAAGAAGAUAACUACAGGACCAAAUGACAAGGGGCUUAAGCUGUAUGAUCCAGGCUAUCUCAACACGGCUCCAGUUCGGUCGUCGAUCAGUUAUAUUGAUGGUGACUUGGGAAUUCUUAGGUACAGAGGCUACCCGAUUGAGGAAUUGGCUGAGAGUAGUACCUAUGUGGAAGUUGCAUACCUCUUGAUGUAUGGGAAUUUGCCUUCUCAGAGUCAAUUGGCAGACUGGGAGUUUGCUAUUUCUCAGCAUUCGGCUGUACCGCAGGGACUUUUGGAUAUUAUUCAAGCAAUGCCUCAUGAUGCACAUCCAAUGGGUGUGCUUGUUAGUGCAAUGAGUGCUCUAUCUGUCUUUCAUCCAGAUGCCAAUCCUGCCCUUAGAGGACAAGAUCUUUACAAGUCUAAGCAAGUGAGAGACAAACAAAUAGCUCGUAUUAUAGGGAAGGCUCCCACCAUUGCAGCAGCAGCUUAUCUUAGACUUGCUGGAAGACCUCCAGUUCUCCCUUCCAGCAAUCUUUCUUAUUCGGAGAAUUUCCUGUACAUGCUUGAUUCUUUGGGUAAUAGGUCUUACAAACCCAAUCCUCGGCUUGCUAGAGUCCUCGACAUUCUAUUCAUCCUUCAUGCAGAACAUGAAAUGAACUGCUCAACAUCUGCUGCUCGCCAUCUGGCUUCAAGUGGUGUUGAUGUGUUCACUGCUCUUUCUGGAGCUGUCGGAGCACUGUAUGGCCCUCUUCAUGGUGGGGCCAAUGAGGCUGUGCUUAAAAUGCUAAGUGAGAUUGGAACUGUUAAUAAUAUUCCAGAAUUCAUCGAGGGUGUUAAAAACAGGAAAAGGAAGAUGUCAGGUUUUGGCCAUAGGGUGUACAAGAACUACGAUCCAAGAGCUAAGGUUAUUAGAAAGCUUGCCGAAGAAGUGUUUUCCAUUGUUGGUCGGGAUCCUCUCAUUGAGGUGGCUGUUGCUCUGGAGAAGGCUGCUCUUUCAGAUGAGUAUUUUGUCAAGAGGAAAUUAUACCCAAACGUUGACUUUUACUCCGGAUUAAUAUAUAGGGCUAUGGGAUUUCCACCUGAAUUUUUCACUGUGCUGUUUGCAAUCCCUCGAAUGGCUGGAUACUUGGCACAUUGGCGAGAAUCGCUGGAUGAUCCCGACACUAAGAUAAUUCGACCUCAACAGGUCUACACUGGGGAAUGGCUGCGACAUUAUAUACCACCCAACGAACGACUUGUACCGGCCAAGGCGGACAGGCUCGGUCAGGUUUCCGUUUCCAACGCCUCCAAGCGCCGACUGUCUGGAUCGGGGAUCUAGGCUAGUUCGGAUUCAUCCAAAUCAAAUGUAGGAGAAUAAAACAAUGCAUCGCAAGGAAAACAACACUUAUGUUGUACAAAGUUGCAAAGUAGAACAACGUUAGAGAUAAAUCCUCCUUCAAGAAUAAAUGCUCUACUUCGCCAUUUGUAUGCAGCGUGUAAGUUUCUUGUUUAAGUAGGAUGCGGUAUUGUAAUUUCCAGUAUUUUAGAGGACUUUAUGUUGUACCCUUAUUAUCAUAUUCUCCUUUCCAGUUGUAAGGAACUGGAUGUGUCGAAUUGUCCUGCAAUUUCUUCUU